UACUCCACCAGCAUAGCCUACUCUACCAUGCCCUUGGAGGGAGGCAACAAGUGAACGACUUGUUCUGGGGAUGGUCACUUGUUUCGUGCAAGAGACACCGCAUUUAACGGUUUAGGCUACUGCAAGAGUAAGGGAUUUAUACGAGGGGAAAAAAUAUUUGAAUUUUCCAACAGGUGGAUCACGACCAAAGGAUUACGUUGAGGGUGAACUUUUUCAGAAAAUACUGCUCACCGCAGGAAUCUAACGACAACUGCCCAGCACACGUUCAGCUCCCACUUUCCUGUCGGAACCAUGUUUGAGAAGGACAACUACGACAGCCCCCCCAUGUACAGCCCGCCGUACAGCCCCACCAACGGCUACGGGCCGCCGGCGAGUUUCCACGCCUCGAGGACCGAGCUGGACGCCUACCCAGCUCCCCCGGGAUCGUACUACGUGGAGGACCACAAGCCCCUGCUCUUCUACAAGCUGUUCUCCCCUCCGGGCAUCGUCAAGGCCAUGGAGGGCCUCAUCGUGGUGCUGUGCCUGGGCAUCUUCGCCUGCGUGGCCUCCACGCUCGUCUGGGACAUGAGCUACAGCGGCUACGGGAUGGGGGGCUACGGUUCGGGAGGGAUGGGCUACGGCGGCGGCGGUUACGGCUACGGCAGCGGCUACGGAGGUUACGGGAGCGGCGGCUACGGGAGCGGCUACGGCUACUACAGCUCCUACCCGACGCCGUACUCGGCCAAGACCAGCAUGAUCGCCAUGGCGGCCAUCAACUUCAUCGCCGCGCUGGGCAUUUUCGUGGCCUGCUUCUCGAAGAGCGGCACCUUCCGCAGCCGCAGGUUCUACCUGGCGGUGCUGGUGGCCAGUGCCAUCCUGGCCUUCCUGCAGGGCAUCAUCAACAUCGUCUACAUCGUGGGGGUCAACCCCAUGGCCCAGAGCUCGUCCAGCAUGUACCUCAACCCCAUGCUGAUGAUGUGCCAGAACCUGUACAGCACCGGGGUGUCCAGUAUGGGUGGCGUAGGAGGCUUCCCCAUGUACAACCAGUACCUGUACCACUACUGCUAUGUAGACCCACAGGAGGCUGUGGCAAUGGUGUGUGGCUUCUUAGUUGUCAUUGCGCUGGUGGUGAUCGCUGUGUUUUCCCACAAAACACGCAGCAAGAUUUGGCGCUAUGGCAAGCCCAACAUCUACUGGGACGAGCCACUGACCCGAGGACCAGAGGGCAGAGAUGUGGAGGACUGGGUGAACAAUGUUCAGGACACGCAGAGUGUGCAAGACGCGCCCACGGUGGUGAUUUCAGAGAAAGCUGCACCUCUUCUGAGCAAAGCAAACAGCAUCCCCUCCACCCCUCCCAAAGAUGAGAGCAUGUUCAGCACCGACACAUACGACCACAGUGGGUAUUUUGACCGUUCUGUCAGCCGUCCAUCAGAACACCUGUCCCACGGCGGCGAGGUCAGCUCCAGCCCCUCAGAGGGGACCGGAGGGGUUCGCAAACCAUCCGCCAACCGGGCCAAGAGGAACCGCCGCAACACGGACUUUGACGAGUCUCAGUAUGAGACCGAGUACACAACAGGGGGCGAGACCAGCGAGAUGGACCAGGACAUGUGGCAGAGCAUGUACCCCCCGAUCACUUCGGCCUCUCAGCGCCACGAGUACAAGAGGGAGUUCGACGCCGACCUGAAGCACUACAAGAACCUGUGCGCCGAGAUGGACGACAUUAAUGACCAGCUGAACAAGCUGAGCCGUGAGCUGGACACUCUUGAUGAGGGUACCGGCAAGUACCAGGCUGUAGCUGAGGAGUAUAACCAUCUCAAAGACAUGAAAAGGAUGCCUGAAUAUCAGUCCAAAAAGCACCAGUGCCGCAAGUUAAGGCAGAAGCUUUUCCACGUCAAGCGCAUGGUGAAGAAUUAUGACCGGAAUCAGCCCUAAGAAUUUGCAGUCUUCUCCCUCACCACUGUAUUACUGACAUUUAAACGUUAUACACUCUUCAACUUUGGAUCUUUGGACUUUGUAAAGACAGAAGAAAUUCGAGAACGCAGAAGCCAGCAGCAACUCCGUGUACAAGGCUUUAGAACAUGUCCAAUGUCCUUUAGAACGAGACCAAUUUCAUCUGGAACAUAGACCCCCCAUAUAGAGCAGCAUUGUAGCUGGAUGACUGAAGAAUGAAGUGACCACUCUCUUUCAUCUUUUGUCAUUCCACUCUCCAACGCAGUUUUGGCUACACCCACACGUCCAGCUUCCACAUCUGUGCAUUUACAAGGAAACUCUGUGUUGUGUGGAGAAGACUCACAAGAGUUUGGUUGUCCCUUGCCUCUACUACUACUAGCACCACUCCUCCAAUGCAAACCACACUAUUGAAGCCGCUGAGCUGCCGGAGUGUCCGCGCAAAUCAGUGUUGGAAGUAUCAGCCUUAUCUGCCUCCCUUUACUGUGGGAGUCCUGGGUGUGGCAGGGCAAGGUUAACAAAAAGACAUCUCAGAACUGAUAGGAGCUGGCCGGCAAUUUGCAGCGUUACUGUUUGCUCCAGAUAUGGGAAUUGCCUCACUGAUAAAGCAGCAAGAGCCAAAAGACACAGAACAAAUGUUUGAGGUGGGUAGUGGAGGGCGUGCCGAGCCUGUUGAAUUGAACUCUAUCUGAGACUGAGACUAACCCUCCCCUUUGAGGAAGGGCAUGUGAUUCCAUGCAGUGCCCAACAAUGUGUCUUCACUUAACCAAAGGAAAGUGUCAUUUUGUUUAAUUGUCCUUUAUCUGUCUUUAUAAGUAACUAAAGUAAACAUCAACAAUGACACUUGGGGGCUUCAAGGUCAGUUGUGUUUGCUUAAGCUUACUGAGUUACAGCUGACCAACCAUUAUUGUACAGUUGUAGCAGCCACUGGCAUUAAGCUGUGCUUGGUUUUAAAAGAACAUUUUUGACAAGUGAUCUUUGAUAUUUCUGUCACUCCCCCAUAUUAAACAACUGUCAUGCGAUUGAGAAAGAACACUGGUUAAAGUGUGUGAUGAGCGUGACCAAAUGACUCCUUCCUGAGUAUGAGAUGUGAGCAGUGGUCUUUGGUGCACUGUACUGCAGAACUGCACAGUGCACAGAGUGUUAUCCAAGUUACCAGCCUUUUCUGUUUCAUAAGCUCAUAUUCAGCAGGGAGUAUAUGACUGUGUGUCAUUGCAUUUUCUGGAAAAGUCUGCUAUUUUAUGAUGGUGCCAAAAGUAUUUUUUUUAUCUUAUCAUGGCCGCACUAAUCAACAUGCUAAUAUGAAUCAAAAUGAAACACAUGUAGAUUUUUCAUGAUGUUGAAAAUGAUUUUUUUGUUUGUCGCUGUGUUACCAUGACUGGAGUUAUUGGGUCACACACAUCACCUUUUGUAUGAUGAUUUGUUUCUGGAUCAUUUCAUGAAGGAUUUUUUGUCAUUUGUAUAUUUUCAUGCAAUUUUCAUCUCAUUUCAUUGUCAUAUCAACUCAU